AUGGACAUCCUCCUGUCUCUCCCAGUUGUAUCCUACUUUUUCUCGACUUCGCUCACAUCAUGGUCCACCUCGCUCAACCUCCUCUUCUUCUACAUGACCUGGUCGACACUGGUGCUCACACACUCUCCUCUUCACAUCGAGAUACUCGGCAUCACAGCACUCCGCAUAGUCUUGUGGCUGUUUCCGUCUCUCAUCUUCCUCGCAUUUGACGCUCUUGUACCAUCGUUAGCACAGAGCAUCAAAUACAACGGGGCAUCCGCCCUCCCACCGCGUGAUGCAAAGUCACUCGCCAAACUGACGGGCCUCGCCCUGUUCAACCUCGCUCUCGAGACGGCUCUCGAGGCGGGCAUCUCCCUGGGCCUCGCAGCCCUCCUCAAGACGCCCGUCUUCCGCACCUCCACAACCCUCCCCCUCCCCUGGCAAAUGAUGAAGCACAUCGCGCUCCUGCUCACCGGCCGCGAGAUCCUCACCUACUACACGCACCGCUACCUGCUCCACGGCCACCCCGCCCCCGCCAUCACCCUCACCAAAUCCCACAAACCCAAGCUCUCCCGCACCACCAAACCCGCCCCCCCAGCCCGCUCCCUCACCGCGCUGCACACCCGCCACGCGCACGCCCGCGCCGCGCCACCCUUCGCGCUCGCCCUCAAGACCGACCACCCGCUGCCCUACCUGCUGCACCGCUUCCUGCCGCUGUACCUCCCCGCGCUGGCGCUGCGCUCGCACCUGCACCUCCUGACUUUCCUGCUGUUCGCCGCGCUGGCCACGCUGGAGGAGACGGUCACGCUGUCCGGGUACACGGCGGUGCCGGGGAUUCUGCUGGGCGGGAUGGCGCGGCGGGCGGCGGUGCACUACCGCGGUGCUGGACGUGGCGGGCGGGGUGGUGGUGGGGGCGGUGGUGGGAAGGUGGGAAACUUUGGCGGGUGGGGGGUCCUGGACUGGGUGCAUGGCACGAGCCUGGGCGGGGAUGUCAUGGCUGACUUGAGGGACGAGGCGGAUAAGCAUCGGGUGCAGGAGCGUGGGGCCAGGAAGGUGGGGGAGGUUGGGGAUGCUGUGAGGGAUGGGGUGGAGGGGUGGAGGAAGGGGAAUGGGAAGAGGAAGGGGAAGAAGGGGGAGUGAUAAAAUGGGGGGUUUUUG